AUGGCCAUGAUCUUGGGUUACUGGGAUAUCCGCGGGCUGGCUCACGCCAUCCGCCUGCUCCUGGAGUACACAGACUCACACUAUGAGGAAAAGAAGUACGCGAUGGGGGACGAUAAGGCUCCCGACUAUGACAGAAGCCAGGGGCUGAAUGAAAAAUUCAAGCUGGGCCUGGACUUCCCCAAUCUGCCCUACUUAAUUGAUGGGGCUCACAAGAUCACUCAGGGCAACGCCAUCCUUCGCUACAUUGCUCACAAUGAGUGUGGGAAGACAGAAGAGAAGAAGUGUCGCAUGAACAUUUUGGAGAAUGAGGUUAUGGACCGCCUAUACUUUGCCAGGAUGUGCUACAGCCCUGAUUUUGAGAAACUGAAGCCUGGGUACCUGGAGGGACUCCGCUCCCUGCUCCUCUGCUCACAGUUUCUGGGGAAGAGGCCUUGGUUUGCAGGGGAGAAGCUCACCUACGUGGAUUUCCUGGCUUAUGCCAUUCUUGAUACACUGCGUAUAUUCGAGCCCAAGUGCCUGGAUGCAUUCCCAGCCCUGGAAGAGUUCAGGGCCCGCUUCGAGAGCCUGAAGAAGAUCUCUGCCUACAUGAAGUCCAGCUGCUUCCUCCCAGCCCCUCUGUUUCUAAAGAUUGCCGUGUGGGGCGGCAAGUAG